AAGAGCUCUUAACAUCAGAUUAGUGCUGCUUUGAUUUGUGUGACAGCGAAGUUGAGAAGAAUUCUUGACUCCAAUACAUAAGAGCUGUUGACAGCGAACGCAUAAACAAAAUACACCAAAUACCAAGAUGCUACACAAAACCGUGUCGAUAAGUUGAAUAACAUUCGUCGCGGUGUCAUGCAAAGGAAAAUUUGCAACCAUCAAGCGACCAUCUCUGUGUGCGUAUAUAUUUUGUGUUAGUGCAUUGCGUGCGUUCUGACGUUUCAUACAGACAAGCACAUGCGAAUUGCCGGUUUAGGCCGAUGAAUUUACUCAAUUUAACUGUAUCGUCAAAAGGGAACAUAUAUUUUUUCUGCGACCAGUCAAUUUUCUACAGAAAGAAAACCACCGUGAUUAAGUGUGAAGUGCAUCAAUAGGCAAAAAUGCUGAAACAAUUGUUAGUAGUUUACAUUUUUUUGGCGUUUUUGAUUCGACCAAAAUCAUUCGUGUGGGGAUUAAAUUGCACCAGCGAGUCAAAUCAACAAACCGAUGAAUGUGCAUUUGAAUGCAUUAGAUUGUUAUUUGACAAGACGUUUUGUAGCGUUUGUCCAAAGAAAUCGGUUACAUUAAAACCGUUGCCAAAUGAUACACUGUCGUCCAUCGUGCAGGCACAUGAUUUACUGUUUUUCAACGAAACGGCACAAUCUAUCGCCUCGUCAAAGUGUUUAGGUUGCUCAUUAGAAAUUGAUGGUGGACAGUACGAACGAUAUUCGGCAUCGGAGAGUUUGAAAGAAUUUGUGCUUUGCAGCGAAGAAUUGGAGAACAUCGAUAGUAAUACGAAAACUUGCACCAUCAAAGAAGUUAACGAAUCGUACACGAACAUUGUGACCAAACUGAAAGAUAAGAAAUGGUGUAUCAGAGCUCUUCAAAUAGUCGAUCCGAAUACUACAGCAAGUCAUAGCAUUGGUGAAAAGAGUUUGCUUAACAAUAGCAGCGAUAUUAAUGGUCAAACCGCCGAUAAUCAGAAUGAAAAGGUCAUAAAUUCGACAGAGCCAACUGGGAGAUCAGAGGACAUUACAACGAAUGCAUCGGUCACAGAAGAGACUCAAUCAAAAUCGAGCGAAAAUGACACAACCACUAAUGAAACCAUGAAUGAAACGGUCAUCGAGUCAACGACCAAACUCUCAGGUUUGGCGGCCAAUUCGACCAAACCAAAGCCGACUAAACGAACCAAAAUUGUUGAAGCUCAUCAUUACAUGGGCUCUGUAUAUCUAAUUGCUAUCAUUGUUGGUGUGUUACUAACAAUUUUAAUUAUAUCAGCGUUGAUUUUACGUUCUUUUGUCAACCGACGGAAUCGUUUGCACGGACAUUCCACAUCAACCACUUAUGUUUUUGAACAUCAGUAAAAAGAAUGGCCAUUAUAUUUUAAGAAAGCAUCAAAUGUGUACAUUGCCAAAUAGAAAGAAUUGAACACAUAUUUCAAUAAUAUAUUAUAUGUUAUAAUAAAUUAA